AGAUUUAUCUACUUGUACACAACAACUAGAAGUUUUUUGUCUAAAGAGUGUGAGAGCAAUGACGUACCAACUACAAAUCCAGCCUAAAUCAAAACUGUAUCAUAGAAUGAAGCCCUUCUUAGCGGUUACCUUCUUGCAAUUUGGGCUUGCAGGAAUGGACAUUCUUUCAAAGGCAGCGCUCAAUGAAGGAAUGAGCAACUAUGUAUUUGUUGUUUAUCGACAUGCCAUUGCCACCAUUGUCUUUGCACCUUUCGCGUUCGUGCUAGAAAAGAAAGUAAGGCCAAAGAUGACUUGGAAGAUCUUUUUAAAGUUGAUGAUACUCAGUAUACUUGAGCCGGUGAUCGACCAGAACCUUUACUUUUUGGGGAUGAAAUAUACAACAGCAACAUUUGCAGCUGCCAUGUGCAAUGUUCUUCCUGCAAUAACAUUUGUUAUGGCCUGCAUCUUUGGGCUUGAGAAGAUUAGAAUUAAUAGCACUCAUAGCCAAGCUAAGGUAAUUGGGACAAUAACCACUCUUGGGGGAGCCAUGCUCAUGACACUAGUUAAAGGCCCUGUUCUAGACCUAGUAUGGACAAGAGGAAGAACCAACCAUCACACAAAUGGGAAUUUUGUAACUCUUAGACAUUCUAUAAAGGGAUCCCUCAUGAUCACCACUGGUUGCUUUAGCUGGGCUUCUUUCAUGAUUUUGCAGGCCGUGACACUUGAAACUUAUCCUGCCGAACUCUCUCUUACGGCUUGGAUAUGUUUAUUGGGAACCGCUAAUGGAUCUAUUGUGGCACUUGUAAUGGAAAGAGGCAACCCAGCUGCCUGGGCUAUAAACUGGGACACUAAGCUACUAGCUGCUCUCUACAGUGGAAUUGUAUGUUCAGGUCUUGCUUAUUACAUCCAAGGAUUGAUAAUGAAAGAUAGAGGACCUGUUUUUGUAACAGCCUUUAAUCCUCUUAGUAUGGUCAUUGUAGCCAUUUUGAGCUCGUUUAUUCUAGCCGAGCAGAUGUAUAUGGGAAGAGUUCUUGGGGCUGUAGUCAUAGUUGCUGGUCUCUACCUUGUUGUUUGGGGAAAAAGCAAGGAUUAUAAGUCCUCUUCUGAAUUGGAUGAGAAGCAAAUAAACGAUGCAGGAAACAAAAUGGAUGAAGUGCAAACACAUGAGAUAUCCAUUGAAGUGUUCAAGAAACAAAACAGUGAGGGGGAGAAGCAGAUUCCAGUCUAAUUACCACCAAAUUAGGCUAACAUAUUUUGUAACAAGCAAUUUUUCAUGUUAAAAAUUUGAUCUUUUAUUACUGGUAAUGCUGACUGUCUAUUCAACAAGAGCUUUAAAUGGCAUUUGGUGAAGGAAGUA